CCCCCACAGCGAAAACCUUCCCUCAUUCAAUCAUGGAACCUGACACUUUCGAUUUGGCUCACGUCUGUCUCCGACCUCUCUUGCUUUCUGACAUCGACGAUUUCAUGGUCUGGGCCACCGAUGAACGAGUUGCCAAAUUCUGCACCUGGGAACCCUACACAAGCAGAGACGCCGCCGUCGAUUUCAUCCAAAACAACGCCCAAAAUUGUUCACUGUUCCGAGCGAUUUGCCUCGGCGAUCGAGCGAUUGGGUCUAUGUCUGUUCGAUCCUACUCAGGGGACGACAAAGCGAGAGCCAAAACUGCAGAACUGGGGUAUGUUUUGGGGUCCAAGUAUUGGGGGAAAGGUAUCGCGACGAAGGCGGUAAAGCAGGUGGUUGAAAUGGCGUUCGCUGAUUUGCCAGAUCUGCAGAGGCUUGAAGCUCUGGUUGAUGUUGAGAAUGUGGCGUCUCAGAGAGUAUUAGAGAAGGCUGGAUUUCAGAGGGAAGGAGUUCUCAGGAAAUUCUUGAUCAUGAAAGGAAAAUCCAGAGACAUGGUCAUGUUCAGUGUGAUUUCCGGCGAAGUAAAAGCUUGAUUUGUUGUAUAUUCAUCGAUCUUAGUUCGAAUGACCGAAGCAACUGAAGGCAGAGUCUCCUUCUACAACAUCAGAAACCAAACAAGAGGGCAAAGGUAGAAGAAAAUAGUUAAACGUAUAAAAAUAAAU